AGCGGGCGGAGGAGGAGGGAGAGGUUGGAAGCGCCCCGCCCAGUCAGGAGGGUUACGCGUCCCUCGUGCGACCGCCAAGAUGGUGGUGGGUGCGUUCCCCAUGGCGAAGCUGCUAUACUUGGGCGUCCGGCAGAUCAGCAAGCCGCUUGCCAACCGCAUUAAGGCGGGCGCCCGUCGAAGCGAGUUCUUCAAGACCUAUGUCUGCCUCCCGCCGGCUCAGCUGUACCACUGGGUGGAGAUGCGGACCAAGAUGCGCAUUAUGGGCUUCCGGGGCACAGCCAUCAAGCCGCUGAACGAGGAGGCGGCCGCCGAGCUGGGCGCCGAACUCCUGGGCGAGGCCACCAUCUUCAUCGUGGGCGGCGCCUGCAUGGUGCUGGAGUACUCGCGCCACCAGGCGCAGCAGCGCCGCAAGGAGGAGGAGCAGCGCGCCGCCUGGAUCGAGAUGCAGGACGAGGUGGGCCGCUUGGCGCUGGCGCUCCAGGCGCUGCAGGCGCAGGUGCAGGCGCAGGAGGCGCCGAGAGCCCUGGAGGAGCUGCGGGCGCAGAUGCAAGAGGUGCGCGCUGAACUCUACACCCGGGACGCGGAGGCGCGGUCCAAGUCCACGCCCAAGGCAGCGCCCACGUCCGAGAAAUAGGCUGCUGAAACCUGAACUUGGAUGUGGCCAUGUGCGCCCUAAUGUGCUGGCCCAGCGGAAGCCACUGAGAUUUUGAGGAACUUGGCUGUUGGUCACCCCCUGCUGACCAGUGGUAGUACCUUGCACUGGGACGGUGAAGCGUUCCAACAUAGCCCCCUCCUUAGCUCAUUGGUACAGCCCGCAGGGCUCAUCUCUCCACCCCAUCCCAAACCUCACGGGCCUUCUGGGUCCCAGCCCCAGGACGACAUGCUCACUCUUCUGGCAGAAGGAAAACAUGGAACCUGGACCUCAGCCAAAUCAGCCUGUCAAGCUCCCCAUUUGCCUGGUCAGUGAGUGCUACCUUCCCUGGGACACUCGGCCAUUACACUGAACACCCCCUUCUUUUGAUCAGUUGGUACAGACCGUUGUAAGGAAUGCAGUGUCUUUCCCUGGACUUCUGUCCCCCUUAUCUUAAGAGGGGGGAAAGGAUCCUGGCUUGCAAUCGAUCCACCGAAUAUCUUUUCCUUAACCUGAUCUGUGAGACCUCCUGAGUCCUCAAGUGGAAUAUUCCAACAGAGCCCCCUCCUCCUUCAGUCUGUGGCACCACCCACUGGAAUGGCUGGUCUUCUCAGGCAGUGCCCUCCCAACCCCCCUGACGUAGUGGUGGACUUUGAUUUUGCCCAGGGCUAAUCAACUUGGCUUUCAGCCUCAGCUUCCUGUUACCUGUCGUCAGAGUCCCGGGGCUUUCCUGGCUGUCCUUUCCUACCUUCCCCAGGGGCCUCUCUCAGGCAACCCCGGCCAUGGAUUAGAUGAUCACAUCCCCCAUGUUGCCUUUAAAUGCUGAUCUGUGGGCUCCUGCUCCUCUCCCCUGGGGCUCCGGACUGGUGGAGCAGUCCCUCUUCAUGCACUGGUGCCUCCUGCCUCCAUAGCCCCAAGUGCCACCUCCAUCUCCCUGGUGUGGGCCCCUAGUUGGUUUUACCUUCUUUAGUCGUUUCCUAGGGCUGCCUAACAAAUUACCACGAACUUGGUGGCUUAGGACAACCAGAAUUUAUUCUCCCCCAGUCCUAGAGGCCGAAGAUCCAAAGUCAGCUGUCAGCACUGCCUCCGAAGGCUCUAGAGGGGGAUCCUUGUCUCUUCCAGCUUCUGGUGUCUCCAGGCUCCUUGGCUUGUGGCUGCAUUCUCUGCAGUCUCCACCUCCAUCCUCACGUGGCCUGCUCUUCUGUCUCUUAUAAAGACACCUGGUCAUUGGACUUAGGGCCACCCUAACUCUAGGAAAGACCCUUUUCCCAAAUAAGCUCACAUUCACAAGUGCCAUCACCUCGCUCCACCUCCCCACCCCAAGAGCGUGCUGGGACUCCUGCCAACCGCAUGGGACAUUUGACCUUCCCCACAUGAGAGAGGAACAGUCCAAGGAGAGCUCCUAUUUUUCAGACUGUAGGUGUUUCCUAAUUAAAGGACUGUUUGAGAACCAUUAUAUGGAUCUCCAAAAUGGGUACAAAGCUCAUUAAAAUUAGGAGAGAAGCUGAGAGAUCUGAUGGGGGUGAGUCUAGAGCAGGGGUGGGCAAACUUUUUGACUCGAGGGCCACAAUGGGUUCUUAAACUGGACCGGAGGGCCGGAACAAAAGCAUGGAUGGAGUGUUUGUGUGAACUAAUAUAAAUUCAAAGUAAACAUUACAUAAAAGGGUACGGUUUUUUUUUUUAGUUUUUUUUUUUUUAGUUUUAUUCAUUUCAAACGGGCCGCAUCUGGCCCGCGGGCCAUAGUUUGCCCACGGCUGCUCUAGAGUCAUCCUAUGAACUGUCCCAAGUGGGGAAACUGAGGCUCGGGAAGCCAAGGGACUUGCCCAGGGCUGUGAAGCCCAUGAGGGAUGGGAGCCAGUGGCACUGGGAGGGAAACGGGAGCCCAGGUUACCCUGGGUGCAGGGUGCUUGAGGGAACAGGUGGGGGCAAGAAGGGAGAUGAGGGGGAGGCAGAUCACUGGGGGAGGGGUGGGAAUCUCCACAGAGGUCCCAGAGCGGUGCUGAGUGUGGGUGGCCCUCCAUCCCCAAUCACAGCCACCCAAGAUCUUGGCAUUCAGUGAAUGGGCGUAGUCAUAGACCAGGAAAUGGGUGGGGCAGGUUUUCUUCCACUUCCCCCAGGUGGUUAAAAACACCUGGCCACAAGACCUGGUAGAAACCCCGUAAACUGGGUUAGUGAAACAUCAAUUCUUUAUAGAAGAAAGGGAGAGGCUGGUGUAGAGGGUGCGGAGAUGGGUCAUGGGUGGGGUGUUUCUACAGUAGGAGUGACCCGAGUGGGUUAAAUGAUGAGGGGAAGAAGGCAAGAGAUACCAGUGCAUGGAAGGGUGGUGGGCCGAGGAGCCAGGUGGGCAGGCUCAGUGCCUGGUUUCCAUGGUUACCCCUGAGCGGCUUCACUCUGGCCCCGUCACAUCUCUGGAGGACGGGUUGCUGGAUGCCAGGGAUCUUGACUGUAAACCCCUCUCCAUCAUGUUAAUAAACAGCAGUCAGGUGGAAUCCAUUGAGCUCUGGGUGGGUGUCAGGCACUGUUCUAAGUGCUUUACGUAAUCCCAGCGACAUUUUCUUCAUUCAUGAAGAAGCUGAGGCACAGAGAGGGAAAGUCACCUGCCCAAGGUCACACAGGCAGGAAAGAGGAGGAGGUGGGAGCCUAAGCCCCUGACCCUGCACCACCUGACCCUGCGGUAGCGCUGUGCUCACGUGUGAGAUUGAAAACAGCCCCUGCCCUGGCCAAUUUGGCUCAGUGGAUAGCAUGUCAGCCUGUGGACUGAAAGGUCCCGGGUUCGAUUGCAGUCAAGGGCACACGCCUGGGUUGUGGGCUUGAUCCCCAAUAGGGGGUGUGCAAGAGGCAGCCAAUCACGAUUCUCAUCAUUGAUGUUUCUAUCUCUCCCUGUCCCUUCCUCUCUGAAAUCAAUAAAAUAUGUUUAAGAAAAAGAAAACAGCCCCUGUGUGUGUUGACGUGGCCAGACCUGUGGGAUGCAACAGCUUCACCCACCGGGUGGGGGUGGGAUCAGGGUGUGUGCAGGUGGGAAGAGCGCCCUCUCAAAAUACACGAGGCCGGAGGAUGGAUGGUUCAUCGCUCCAACUUACUACAGAAAUGUUGUAUGCAUUUGCGACUUGGGGGGAGAGGGGUUAGAAUAAAUUUGUAAUU